UUGGGCCUUGGUGCCUCCUGGUACCUGGAAGAUGCCUGUGCCUUGGUUCCUGUUGUCCUUGGCACUGGGCCGAAGCCCCAUGGUCCUCUCUUUGGAGAAGCUUAUGGGGCCUCAGGACACAGCUCGCUGCUCUCCGGGCCUUUCCUGCCACCUCUGGGAUGGCGACGUGCUGUGCCUGCCUGGGAGCAUCGUGUCUGCCCCAGGCCCUGUGCUGGUGCCCACACGCCUGCAGACAGAGCUGGUGCUUAGGUGCCACCAGGAGACCGACUGUGACCUCUGUGUGCGUGUGGCCAUCCACUUGGCUGUGCACGGGCACUGGAAAGAGCCUAAAGAUGAGGACGAGUUUGGAAGAGCAGCUGAUCCAGAGCUUGAGGAGCCUGCGAACGCCUUUCUCCAGGCCCAAGUGGUGCUCUCCUUCCAGGCCUACCCCACUGCCCGCUGCGUUCUGCUGGAGGUGCAAGUGCCCGCUGCCCUCGUGCAGCCUGGUCAGUCUGUGGGCUCGGUAGUAUUUGACUGCUUCGAGGCUGCUCUGGGGGCUGAGGUGCGACUCUGGUCCUACACUCAGCCCAGGUACCAGAAGGAACUCAACCUCACACAGCAGUUGCCUGACUGCAAGGGGCUUGAAGUCCGGGACAGCAUCCAGAGCUGCUGGGCCCUGCCCUGGCUCGGUGUGUCUGCCGAUGGCGAUGAUGUGCACCUCGUGCUGGACGUCUCUGAGGAGCAGCACUUUGGCCUCUCCCUGUACUGGAACCAGAUCCAGGGCCCUACAAAACCCUGGUGGCACAAAAACCUGACCGGGCCACAGAACAUUACCUUGAACCACACAGACCUGUUUCCCUGCCUUUGUAUUCAGGACUCCUACUCAUUCUUCAUGGCCCCAUUCAAAUGUCACCUCCUCCUUGAAGCCCUCCCCUACUCCUCCAAUUGCCUCUUUAUACUCCUCUGGAAAGUGUGGCCUCUAGAGCCCGACUCUGUCAGGACGAGCAUCUGCCCCUUUAGGGAGGACCCCCGGGCACAUCGGAACCUCUGGCGUGCAGCCCGGCUGCGGCUACUGCCCCCCCAGGGCUGGCAGCUAAAUGCACCCUGCUCGCUGCUUGCUGAGGCCACUCUGUGUUGGCAGGCACCAGGCGGGGGCCCCUGCCAGUCGCUGGUCCCGCCGCUGUCCUGGGCAAAUGUCACUGUAAAUAAGACCCUUGAGUUGCCAUUGCUCAAUGCCCACCCCAACCUCUGUGUCCAGCAGGUGAGCAGCUGGGAGAAGCUGCAGCUACAGCAGUGCUUGUGGGCUGACUCCCUUGGGGCCCUCAAGGAUGAUAUGCUGCUGGUGGAGACACGAGGCCCCCAGGACAACAGGUCACUCUGUGCCUUGGAACCUAGUGGCUGCACCCCACUAUUCAGCAGGGCCUCCACGAGGGCAGCUCGCCUUGGAGAGGGCUUACUACAAGACCUGCAGUCAGGCCAGUGUCUGCAGCUGUGGGAAGAUGACCUGAGAGCACUAUGGGCCUGCCCCAUGGACAAGUACGUUCACCAGCGCUGGGCCCUGGUGUGGCUGGCCUGUCUACUCUUGGCAUCUGUGCUUUUCCUUCUCUUCCUUUUCAAAAAGGACCACGUGAAAGGGUGGCUGAGGCUCUUGAAGGAAGACCUCCGCGCGGGGGCAGCCGCCAGGGCCCGCGCGGCUCUGCUCCUCUACUCAGCGGAGGACUCUGGCUUCGAGCGCUUGGUGGGCGCCUUGGCGUCAGCGCUGUGUCAGCUGCCGCUGCGGGUGGCCGUGGACCUUUGGAGCCGACGUGAACUGAGUGCGCAGGGACCCCUGGCCUGGUUCCACGCGCAGCGGCGCCAGACCCUCCAGGAGGGCGGUGUGGUGGUUCUGCUCUUCUCGCCGGGGGCCGUGGCGCUGUGCCAUGAGUGGCUGCAAGACGGGGCGUCAGCGUCCGCCCCGCACGGCCCGCACGACGCCUUUGCCGCCUCGCUCAGCUGCGUGCUGCCCGACUUUCUGCAGGGCCGGGCGCCCGGCCGCUACGUGGGGGCCUACUUCGACGGACUGCUCCACUCGGAGGCCGUGCCCACCCUUUUCCGCAGCGUACCGGUCUUCUCCCUGCCCUCCCAGUUGCCCGACUUCCUGGGGACCCUGCAGGGGCCUGCCGCCCCCCGUCCGGGGCGGCUCGGGGAGAGGGCGAAGCAAGUGUCCCGGGCCCUGCAGCCCGCCCUGGACCAGGUGCUUAAGGCUCCCAGGGAUCCCGGGGGUCCCGGGGACGGCACGCGGGAUGGCACGUGAGGCAGGGGAAACGACUCGAAUAAAGGCAGACGCUAUUUUUCUA